UGAGAGUGAUCGUGAAAGCGAGACAUCUACUAGUAGCUCUUCCUCCUCUUCAUCUUUACUGUCCGUUUCCUUGAAAACAAAAAAAACAAUAGAAUAUUUAGAUUCCAAGUCUUAUCAACAAAUUAAAGAAAUAUUCAUUUGGUGUGAUUCUGAUCUUAAGGAUAUUUACUGUAUUGAUGAAAAGAUCACCUGGGUUGAUCAAAAAAGCGCUAUUAUGACUCAAUUACUUCCUGCUUUAUGUAAAAAAGUUGACAAAAAAUAUAAUGUAUCACAACAGGAACUUCUUAAAAUGUUGUAUGGAAGGUGGCGUGCACGUCAUCAUGAAUAUAAUAUUAAAAAGCAAGGUGAUGAGCAAUAUGAAAAAAACCGACGAAGAAAAGCAAAAAAUUCAAUGAAAAGACAAAGAAGAGUAACUGCUGUAGAUUAUUUACUUGCUAUGAAGGAUCCUCAUAUUAUAAAGUAUCCACAAAGAGAUUUGGUGACAAUAUUAAAAGACAGUGGAUAUCAUUCAGAAGAAUUGAGAAUUACAAGUCAAAGAUAUAUUCAGCAAACCGGUUCUCCACCUAUUGGCGCUUCUACUUGGUGUCUAACUAAUGAAGCUCUUAAGAAAUUUAACUUUCCUGUUGAGAAUAUUCCAAUCUAUAAUUUAGAAACAACAGAAAAAAGCAAUGAAGACAAUGAUAAUGAAGGUGAUAAUAAUCAUGAUAGUGAUGAUAAUAAUAUUUAUUCAAAGUAA